CCAGAUUUCAACAGACCAAAAUGCCAUCUCAAAUGGAGCAUGCCAUGGAAACCAUGAUGUUCACGGUUCACAAAUUUGCUGGGGACAAAGGCUACUUAACAAAAGACAACCUGAGAGUACUCAUGGAAAAGGAGUUCCCUGAAUUUUUGGAAAAUCAGAAAGACCCUCUGGCUGUGGACAAAAUAAUGAAGGACCUGGACCAGUGCCGAGAUGGCAGAGUGGGUUUCCAGAGCUUCUUCUCGCUCAUUGUGGGGCUUCCUCUCGCCUGCAAUGAUUAUUUUGUUGUUCAUAUGAAGCAGAAGGGAAAGAAGUAGGCAGCAGGUGGCGUGAAGUGACUCCUGCCCCACACAGGAGUCCCCCAAAGAGCCCCCAAGGAUCAGCUCCACAGCUUCCCCCAGGGCAGGAUUUCAUGAGCAGACAUGGACCCUUAGAAAAUGU